CGGUUUUAAAGAAUUUCCUACGCCUUCGGGCGCGGAAAUUCAACAAGACCAGCAGGGAUUUGCCUGUUUGUUUUUCAUUUGUAUUGGGUUUCAAAGAAUAUGGAUUUUUCACAAAGUAGCCAGCCUGUGCAAGAGUCACUGCAUUCCAUUGCGGAAAUUAAACGCAAUUUGCAGAUAGAAGUCGGAAAUCUUUUAAGAACAACCAAAAAUAGCGAAGGUUAUACUCAGAGUUACAAUGCUGUAUUGAGUUUAUUAAAUGAACUGGAUACUAUUAAUAUGACAGUUGGAAAUCUUCGAAGUACUAAAAUUGGUAAGCUAAUGACAAAGUACGAAAAAGAACUAUCAGGUAAUUUAUCUCGUUUAGCCAAAGAGCUUAACAAUAAAUGGAAAGAAUGUCUCAACUCAUAUCGAGAAAAAAUUAAGGAGAGACUCUGUUCAAAGAGUAAAAACCAGACUAACUUGGUUGUAAAAGAAGAAGUUCUUAGUCAAAAAGUACAUAAUUCUCUUGCCUGCAGUACGAACUUUGAUUUUGGAAAACUUAAGCAUCUUCCUUCUCUUCAGCCUCCAAACUACUGUACAUCGAAAGCAGAUUUGAAAGAAGCCCCUAUAAUGCUGCAAGCAAGCCCGUCAGUAGAUUUUACGAAGAAUGUAUCACAAAAAAACAAUAGAAGUAAAGAGUGUCCUGCAACACAAAAAGUACAAAAAAAUGCUAUUAAGAUAAUGACUGAAAAAGCAAGUGAUAUGGACACUGGUGAACCAGGUUUUAAUAAACAUCUCAAUUCAGCAAAUUUGAUGACCACCAAAGAUUUCAUUAACGAUGUGAAAAUUUCUAUUGUUGAUUCUCUGAAGAAAAUUUCAGUAGUGGAGAACGAGUGUGUUAAUUUACGCAGUGUCAUGGACGAUAUUGUAAAUAAGCUAGAAUCCUAUGAAGAGAAAGCUACUCACUUUUUAUCUGAUUUGAAAUCUGAAUAUGUGGCUGAGAUGGCUUCACCAGAAAUCAAUAUUGAUGGGAGUAGUAAUGUGAAUAGUAAGAUAGACAAUGUAAAUAUAGAUGUUGCCUUGAAACAACAACCACAAACGAAACACUUACAAUCAGACGAUGUAAUGCCUAUUGAAGCUUUUCCAUUGCAAUAUAAAAAAGAAGAUUGUGAAAUCUUCACUGAAGACGCUGAAUCCAACGAAACGAAGAACAAAAAAAGAAGAAAAUUUGGUGGUAAUGUUGAGAAUGUUUUAAAAAGUAUAAACAUAGCUCAAUCUAGCAGUAAAAGCGUGAGUCAUAAGAGCAACAUUUGCAUUACCCGAAAAGAUGACAAAGCACUGAAAGUAAGAACAAAAAAUGAUCCCCUGGUAACCGUUAAGGGUGAUGAUGAUCGCCUGUUUUUAAUCUCAGAUAGUAAGGACGCAACGCCUUUGCCUAAGAGACAACAACAUAGGCAUCAUUGUUUAAAACGGAGAAGUAGCGAUCCUAUAACUGGAGAUAGAGCAAGGAAAACGAAAACGAAAACAACUAUUUUGUUGCCAAUAGAAACAAUAGAACACACUGCAACUUCAAAAGCGUUUAAACAUAAAAAAAACAAUUUUUCCGUAGCCUCCGGAUUACCAAUAGACAGAUCUGUAGCCUCCGGAUUAUCGAUAGACAGUGCACAUAAAUUUCCGGCGCGCCCAAAGUCACCAGCAGUGGAGCAUUCUGAGCCGUCAGUAUGGAAGAAAUCUACUACGAAAUACUUGAGACAAUCACAGUCGAUAGCGCACGAACCGCAAAGAAAGAGCAUGUUGAAAGAGAUCAAUCAGUCGAAUAAAAUACAUCACAAUUGCAGUUUAACCAAAUCGGCAAUAGAUUUUACCUUCGUUCGCUGCACAGAUUCGGAAGGUUUUACUAUACCAGCUGUUGUUAGUCAAACAGUUAUCACACCAACUGAUAAUACAUCUAUUUUAGUAAAAGGAGUGCCAGUUAAUAAAGAUCUGACGACGGAAGAUUUGAAUGGCGUCGAACUGGAACCGUUCCUAUCCUAUUCGCAAGUUGUUGACGAAAUGGAAGAAAUAGAAGACGACGAACGCGAUUAUUUACUCGAAAACAAACAGAAAAACAGAAAAUCCUGGAAUAUUUUUUGUAAAAAUGCGGAGGGUGUUCAAUAUGCUCCCUUGGUGAAAACAAACGGGAGAAUGAAGGCCGCGCACAAACAUUCCGUUGGUAAGGAAGGCAUACAAAACAUAUUGGAUAAACGAGUUAUAAAAUCAUAGUUUACUUCAGGUGGCAGUAACCCUUUUUUAGCUGUCAAAAUAGUUGUAUUAUUUA